AUUGGUCGCAAGGGGAGUGAGGAUCCACCAAUGAGGAGGAGCCUACGCUGCUGUGGUCCAAUAUAGGAGCUGGAGGCGAGGAGCAUCUUUAUUAUAGAAGUCAUUUACAGGCGAGAAGGAGUCAGGAGACCCCGCAGGAGCCUCGGAGUUACUUCUCCUCUUGAUUCUGGUUUUUAAAGCGAAAACCCGCGACCAACCCCCCUUCCUUCCUUCUGCCUCCCCCCCAGAUCACAAGCGACUUUUUUUUUCAUUCAAAGUGCCUAGUCUGGCAGCUGUUCUUCCCUGAGGCGUUUCUUUUUUUUAGAAAACAACCAAAACGGAGCCGAACGAGGACGACGGAAAACAACCCUCCCUCACUUCUGCAAUCAUGAUGUCGAUGAACAGCAAGCAACCUUUCAGUAUGCACCCGAUCCUGCACGAGCCCAAAUACACGCCUCUGCACUCCAGCUCUGAGGCCAUCCGCAGAGCCUGUCUGCCAACACCAUCGCUUCAGGGCAACAUCUUCGCCGGCUUUGAUGAGACUCUCCUGCAGAGAGCCGAGGCUCUGGCCGCGGUCGACAUUGUGGCCCAGAAGAGUCAUCCGUUCAAACCAGACGCGACCUACCACACCAUGACCACCAUGACCAGCAUGACAUGCACCCCGACCUCCUCCUCCGCGCACCUGCACCACCCGUCAGUGCUCACCUCCCAUCAUCACCAUCCGGGGCACCAUCAGCCGGCACAAGGCCUGGAAGGCGACCUGCUGGAUCACCUCACACCGGGUAUCUCCCUCGGAGGCAUGCCCGGCUCGGACGUCUGCUCCACGGCCUCGCACACCGCGCACGCCGCCCACAUGUCGGCAAUCAACCACAUGCAGCACCACCACCACCACUCGCAGUCCAUGAACAUGCACCCACACGGGCUCGGGUCCCACAGCUCCCUGGGCAGCGGUGGCAUGGACGCGGAGCCUGAUCCCAGGGAGCUGGAGUCGUUCGCCGAGAGGUUCAAACAAAGGCGGAUCAAACUCGGAGUGACCCAGGCGGACGUGGGCUCGGCACUGGCCAACCUUAAGAUCCCUGGGGUAGGAUGUCUGAGCCAGAGUACCAUCUGCAGGUUCGAAUCCCUGACGCUGUCGCACAACAACAUGGUGGCCCUUAAGCCCAUCCUGGAGGCCUGGUUGGAGGAGGCGGAGCGGGCGCAGAGGGAGAAGAUGGCCAAACCGGAGAUCUUCAACGGGGGGGACAAAAAGAGGAAACGAACGUCUAUCGCCGCCCCGGAGAAGCGUUCCCUGGAGGCUUAUUUCGCCGUGCAGCCGAGGCCAUCGUCGGAGAAGAUCGCCGCAAUCGCCGAGAAACUGGACCUGAAAAAGAACGUGGUCCGGGUUUGGUUUUGCAAUCAGAGGCAAAAGCAGAAACGAAUGAAGUUUUCUGCGACGCACUAAAAGACCCACGGGUCUCUGCCCCGUUUACAUAAAACAAAAAGACAAAUCAGAGACGAGCUGCUGCUGCACACUGUCAGAAAAACAAGGUACACCGCUGUGCCUUUUGUUCCCCGGAUGGACCUGCGUGACUGACACACACACACACACACACACACACACACACACACACACACACACACACACACACACAUACACAGGUGCGCACUUAAAAAAAAAGUAUAUCCAUCUUAACAAGUAGUUUAAUCUCUUCUGGAGUCUUAAGAUUUGAAAUCACUGAAAUUCUAAGAUGCUGCAUCACCUCAUUGGCUGAAAUAACGGACUAAAUAUUUUUGUUAAGACAUAACAGUGUUGUCCACGUUAUAAAGGAGCAGCAUUCGCUGUUUUCUUUUGCACCAGUGCCUGAAUUUUGUGGAAACGAUUUCACAGAAAGUAUUCAACACAGGCAAAAAGAAAAACCUGCUGCGUCUCUGGACUUUGGUUUUAUUUUUUAUUUUUGAAUUAUUGUUAUUUUAGAGAUGUCUGGAUGCGGGACACCUGAUGACUAAUCUCCACUCAGUAUAACCAGGAACUGUUUUUUUGUGUGUUUCUGGAAGCAUCACGCAGCUUCAAAUAUAUAUAUAAAUAUAUAAAACUGGAUUCAACGGUGUACCUUUUUUUUAUUCUGACAGUGGAGACGGAGCACCGGGACCGGAACCCCUGUCUAAAAAACAACAACAACAAACUCUAAAAUGUUUAUGCUUCUCCUCAGAAUAUGCUCUCUACAUGACAUAUGGGAGACAAGUGAUCACCAUGGUGGCAGGAAAAGAUGAGAGAGAUGCUCCGUCCCAUUCAUUCUUAUGGCAAUUAUUGUACAAAAAAAAGAAAAUAAGCAUAAUAAUGACGAGAAUGGAGGAAUAAUAAUUGUUAUCCUCUUUAGUCGGAAUAGCUUUUUUUUUUAUAUUUAUCAUUGUACAUUUGUGAAUAUGUUGCACCUCCGUGUGUGGAAAAAGCUCAUUGGAAAUGUAUUGAAUUCUGUCUUUUCUCCCAGGUGUUUGUUUCUGUAGGGGACUAGUUUUUUUGUUUAUUUUGCGGAGGAGGAGGAGGAGGGAGGGGAGGACGCAGAUCGGACAAAACGAGUAAAACAAAAAAAAUAAAACGUCGAUCUGUGGCUGAUUUAUGAGGCACAGUAAAAACUGUAAUGGACUGCAUGGGGUUUACUCGUAAAGAGGGAGCGGUGGCUGUUUUCUGUGGCUCCAAAAAUAUGAAAAUAACCUCCCCACUCUUCCUCCUCCUCCUCCUCCUCCUCCCUCCCUCAAGUGAAUGCAUUGCAAUAAGAAGAAACACACACAAACACAAACACAAACAACACGAAUAUACACACAUUCACACGGUAUAGCUGUGUGGCUACCUCAUUACGCAAGUGUUGGCACGUUUCAUGGUGAUUU